AUUCGGUUAGUCAGUGCUUUGGAGGCCACCAAGCAAACUCAAAGAGAGACGACGAACGACGACUCGACGACUCGACGACGCGCCGUACGACGGGACAUCGAAGUACAUCGCGAACCGCGAAUAGUGUGUGAGUGCAUUUAGUGUUGGGCAUUUGACCCAAAUAUCAUCCUUGCAAGGAAGGCAAGGCUAAUGUCAAUGAUAUACAUCAGUUUAAGAAAAGGCUAACAGCAUGGGAGUGGCGGAAGAUUUCGCUCCCAGCUUUACUCAAAAGCCGCAGCUAAGGCAAGAAGAUGAUGGCAAUAAACUUGUUUUUGAAUGCCAAUUACUGGCUUCACCAAAGCCCGAAAUAUUGUGGUACCGCAGCGAUAUACCACUAUCUGAAGACAGUAGAACCAUUUUUAAAAUUCAGCCAAUAGGCCCUAAUAAAUUCUUGGUAGCCCUAGAAUUAGAUGAUGUUAUUGAAACCGAUGCCGGCCUUUAUAAGGUCAAAGCAAAAAACACCAUGGGAGAAGUGGCUGCUUCCAUCAAUCUUAAUUUUAGUCCUAUGGAUGAGCCCAAAGAAAAACAAAUAGAUGGCCUCGCACCAACUUUCGCAAAGAAACCUGCAAUUCGACAGGAGGAAGACGGCAAAAAACUGCUUUUUGAAUGUCGAAUACAAGCUGAUCCCCGUCCAGUUGUCAAUUGGUUCCAUAAUAAUAAUAUUGUUAAAGAAACACCUCGCCAUAAGUUGAGAUUAGAUAAAGAUGGACACUCCUACUUUGCAACCCUUGAAAUAAUAAAUGUCACAGUUGAGGAUGCUGGCAAAUACAAGGUGACUGCAAAAAAUGAACUUGGAGAAAGUAACGCAACGAUUAGCCUCAACUUUGACAGCGAUGAAGCGCCGGUGCCUGAGCAAGAGGGCAUCAAACCAACCUUCACUGAGCGUCCGGUCAUUCGGCAAACAGACGACGGCUCCACCAUCUUAUUUGAGUGCCGGUGUGUCGGGGUCCCGAAGCCCGAAGUGCAAUGGUAUCACGGCAAAGAAGAAAUUUCUGGAGAUAGUAGAUAUGCUGUCUCUAUGGAGCUAGACCAGAAGCUCUACUAUUUGGCCAGAUUGGAGAUCCAAAACGUUAAGAAGACUGACUCAGGAGAAUACCGCGCUGUCGCGAAGAAUAGUUACGGUAUGGCGGUGGCCACUAUCAACUUAAACUUCGAAGGCAAUGAGAAACCUAAAAUUCCUUCCGGAAAGGCCCCCCGUUUUCCUAAGAAACCUACGAUCCGGCAAGAGGGCGAUGUUCUUAUUAUGGAAUGUUUAUUGGAGGCUAAUCCAGAUCCUGACAUUACGUGGUUUCAAAGCGAACGAAGCAUUGCGGACAGUCCUCGUGUCCGUAUGCUCAGAAAAAUUAUGACAAAGGACACAUAUCUCCUUACUUUAGAGAUAGCCAAUCCGACCCGCCUAGAUGGCGGGAAUUAUCGAUGUAACGCAUUUAAUGUUUAUGGCGAAAGCAACGCCAAUAUCGCACUUAAUUUCCAAGGUGGCGAUGAUGCAGCAGGUUUUGCGCCUUCAUUUAUGGAGAAACCCAAAAUUAUUCCAAAUGAAACUGGGACUCUUAUUACUAUGAAAUGCAAAUGCAAGGCAAAACCUAAGCCUGAUGUCACGUGGUAUCGUGGAACCACAAGUAUUAAGGAAUCCUCUAAGACAACGAUUCGAAUCGUAGAUGUAGGAGAAGAUAUAUACGAACUGAUUCUUGAAAUCAAGGAUCCUGCCGCUCCCGACGGUGGUACAUAUAGAUGCCACGUAAAAAACGAAUUUGGUGAAAGCAACGCCAAUCUCAAUCUAAAUAUCGAAGCAGAGCCAGAACCUGAGGGUGAUGGUCCAACGUUUGUCGAAAAACCAAAAAUCACUUCCCACCAAGGAGGUAAACUUGUUAUUAUGGAAUGCAAGGUCGAGUCAAAUCCAAAACCCACUAUUAUGUGGUACCGAGAGAAUAAUCAAGUAUACGAAACAAGUAAGAUUAAGAUGACUUUUGAGAGCGUAAAAGAAGAUAUUUACUACAUAAAGCUUGAAUUAAAAGAUCCUGGGCUAGACGACUCAGGACUUUAUAAGUGUAAUAUUAAAAAUAUACAUGGGGAACUAAACGCUAAUCUAACUUUAAAUAUUGAGAUUAUUCCAGUCAUAAAAGAAAAGCCUAAAGUUAUAAAAAUAAUAAAAAAGAAAACUGUCAUUGUCGAGUGCAAAGUUCUUAGUAAAUAUGCUCCUGAUUGUACAUGGUUCAAAGAAGAUACGGCAGUAAAAAAAGAUUCGCGACAUCAAGUCCAUGUCGAACAAGUUAAAGAAGGUGAAUUUGCAGUUAAACUUGAAAUAGCAGAUGUUCAAAAAACAGAUAAGGGUCUAUAUAAACUAGUUGCCAAGAAUGAAAAGGGUGAAGCCACUUCACAAACUGUUGAAGUCACAGAGCUGCCUCCAGAUGAAAAACCAAAAGGAGAAAAGCCUAAGCUGAGUAAACUCACCAAUAUUACAAUUGAAGAAGGAAAAUCUGCGGAUUUCAUAUCUUCAUUAAAAGUUACAGAUAAGACAGUUACCAUAACAUGGUACAAAGAUACUUCUAUUAUUACUCAAUCUAGUGACAUGAAAAUAUUUUUUGAUGGCACAGUAGCACGACUUACUAUUACUAAGUGUAAAAUUACUCAUUCCGCUACUUACAAAAUUGUGGCGAAAAAUGAAUUUGGAGAGGAUGAAUCCUCCGCUUCUCUUACAGUAAAAAAGAAGCAGGAUGAGGAAGAAGAAGAGGAAGAAGAGGAAAUCCAAGAACAGAAGAUGGAAGAAAAAAAGAACGAAAAGCAAGAAGAAAAAAAGGUUAAAAAAGUCAUAAAGGAAAAAAAGGUUGAAGAGAAAGAGGAAGUAAAAGUUCUUCAGAAGAAAGACGACAAAAAGGACACCAAAAGCUUAACUAAAAAGGAAAUCGAAAAGGAAGAGGAAAAUAAAAAGGAAGAAAAAACAGGUACUCGGCGAACUUCUGUUCAAAAGAUUGAAGAAAAAACCGAAUCUAGAAGAAGUUCAAUCGUUCAGACAAAAGAACAAAUCAUAAAAGAAGACGAAACUAAAUCUUCCAGUCGAAGAUCUUCUGUUGUAAAAAAUGAAGAGCAUACCAAAACUGACUCUAGGCGCUCUUCAUUCGCAGAAGAUAAAAAGAAAAAGGUUACUACUAGCACUAAAUCUAAGUUAGAAUCUACACAAGAAGUGAAAACUCCUACAUCUCCUGUAAACAAUGUAAAUCAAGCAGCUGCAAAAACAACAGAACCAGAGCUUUCUAAGACAAGUCUAGUAAAAUCUAAAUCGUCUCCAACAAAGGAAAUCGAAAAACUAAAAAAUUCAACAUCACCACCGCCAAAAGAUGAGAUAAUAACAUCAAGCGAAUUAAAACAAAAAAAAUUAGAAGACGCAGCUUUUGCUAAAACAAAAGAGACAGAAAAGCCUCCUGAAUCUAAAAUUACUCAAGCAAAAAAAACGGAGGCUCCUAAGAUUGAAGAGCCUGCACCUGACCUCAGUCAGACACGAGGUUUACUUAAAAAGACUGAAGCAAAAACUGAAACAACACCGAAGCCUGAACCAAAACCGAAAAGAGUUAUACCUCCUAAACUAGAGCCUCAGAAAGGUAGCUUCUUGAAUAUUCAGUUAAAACCGGUUCAAAAAGAUGCUAAAUCUACCGAAAAAGCUAGCUUAGAGGUCGAUUUGAAGUCGGUAGAAACAAGCAAACCUGAAAAAGUGGCUGUCCAGAAAGGUAAAAAAAAAGAGAAUUUUGACCCAAAUGCUUGGGAAAAUAUCCCAGAUUAUGACAGACCAGUUUUGGAGAAAUUUGAGCCUCAUGAAAAGCCGGAUUUUGCCGGAAGGGAUAAAACCAAACUAACUAAGGAAAAGCCUUUAUUGGCAGCUGAAGGUAAAGAGAAGCCUAGUCUUGCGGCUGAACAAAAAGCCACACCUAUUCUUCCGCAAAUCAAAACCCCCGAAGCUCCUAAAAUUGAGGUUAUUAAAGAAAGAACUCCUGAACCCAGAAAAAAAUCCUUAGAACCCGUUUCAGGCGCUGGAAGUAGACGUGGAUCGCUUAUACCUCCUGAGGCUAUGGGUAGACGGGCCAGUCUAAUCAUUUCAGAUGAGGAGCAUAGAAAACUCAGGCCAGGAGAGGUGUUAGACGACAAAAAGGGAGGAAAAUUACGACCGGGAGAGGUUCUAGAUCCAAAGAGACGAAGGCCAAGUGCUGAAGUAAGACGACCUAGUAUAGCAGAACUUGAGGAUUUAAUUAACAAACCUUCGACCCCAUUAAAACCUUCUGGGGCAAAGGGUGCUCCCCCAAGCAUUAUUGAUGUGCAGGAGAAUUACUCUUCAGUUGAAGAUCAAACGGCUUACAUUACUGUUCAAGUUGAAGGAGAUCCACCACCAACCUUUAAAUUUUACAAGGGUGUUACAGAAAUUAUUGAAGGAGGCAGAUUUAAAUUUAUCACAGAUGGUGAGAGCAACCUAAUUACCCUUUGUAUUAGAAAAGUUAAGCCAAACGAUGAAGGACAAUACAAAAUUGUUGUUUCUAAUGUUCAUGGGGAAGACUCUGCCGAGAUGAUGCUUUAUGUAGCAGGUGCUGGAGGUGUAGAUUUCCGUUCUAUGUUAAUGAAAAGAAAAUAUGCAAAAUGGGAUAAAGAUAAAGAAGAUCCUGAUUGGGGAGACCUUAAAGAGGUUGAAAAACCUAUGCCGGCACUAAAAAAAGUUGAAAAGAAACAAGAAACCUUUUUAAAACCGCUUGUCGAUCAAUAUGCCAAGGAAGGAAAAGACAAAAAAGUAGUUUUUGAAGCUGGCUUUUCAAAACCAAAUUGUAAACCAAAGUGGCUAUUCAGAAAAGAUGAACUGUUCCAAGGAGCCAAGUACAAGUUUAAAAAUGAAAAUGACAUGUAUCAACUGAUUAUCAUGAAUCCCAAAGUAGAAGAUUCUGGCAAAUAUACAAUUGAAAUUGGAGGCGUGCACUGUACAGCUUUUCUUAAUGUUGAUGAGCCUGAUCCUUGCUAUACAUUUACUAAGCCCCUGAAAAAGAAGUAUGAUGGCUACACAAAACACGAAGUUGAACUUUCUUGUACCGUUAGCAAUAGUUUAGCGAUUGUUGGAUGGUAUAAGGGCGAUAAAAAGUUAGAGGAUGGAGAUAAGUAUCAGAUUUCUAAGGAUCUUAGUGGAGUCUGUAGACUGACCAUAAAAGAUUGUACCUUCGAUGAUGCUGGAGAAUUUUCAUGUAAACUAGAAAAACAAGCAGACAAAACUACAACUAAAGUCAAUAUUGUUGAAUAUCCCUAUAAAUUUGUCAAAGUUCUUAAGCAUCAGAACCAUGUUGAAAAAGAAAAUAUAACAUUUUUGUGCGAAUUAAAUGAUGCUGGGGGUGAUGUUAAAUGGUUUAAAGGAGAACAAGAAAUUACUGCAGAUAAGAGAUUAGUUAUUAGCAAAGAUGGCCGAAAAAGAAAACUUGUGAUAAAAGAUGCUAAGGUCACAGAUGCUGGCAUGUAUUAUUGCGUAAGCAAUGCUGAUAAAACUGAAGCUGAAUUAGUUGUAAAUUAUCUCAAUCGCUUUAAUAAAAAGCUCAAAGACACCAGUGCAGUUGAACGCGAAAAACUUGUUCUAGACAUUGAACUUCAAGAUCAGACUGCACCGGCUGAGUGGUUUUUCAAUGGAGAACCAAUUAAGCCAUCAGAAAAAAUUGAGAUUAAAAACUUAGGAGGUGGUAAACAUCAAUUAGUUUUUAAUCGUUUGGAACUGGAAAAUAACGGCGAAAUAAAAGUUGUAUCCGGGCAACUUGAGUCUGCUAUGAAACUUACUGUCAACAAAGGAGAAAGUAUUCCAAAAAUAGAUUUCCCAUCUACUUUUGAAGCACCAAUUCAAAAUGCUAUUAUCAUGGAAGUUCCAUACAAAAUCGAAGGUACAAGGCAAACUCCUCUAGAAGCCAAGCUUAUUAAGGAUGGAAAAAUACUAUCACCCAAAGACGUUGACGUUAUCAUUGGUGAUGAUAAAGUCACCUUCAAGAUAAAAAAACCUUCCAGAGACCAGUCUGGUCCAUAUCAAAUAAAACUGUCUAAUGGGCAAGGUGAAGACGUAAAAGAUGUUAAAAUUAUUAUGCAAGAUGUCCCUUCACCACCUCAAGGUGUCAACGUCACUGACAUUUUCCAAACGCAUUGCCUCGUUUCAUGGAAGGCACCUGAGGAUGACGGUGGUUCUCCUUUGUUAAAAUAUGUUAUCGAGAGGCAGGAUUUAAGUCUUAAAGCUGGUUGGGACGCGGUUGGAGAAGCAAAACCAGGCGAAACUAAAUUUAAGGUUGAGGAUUUAAUACCGAAAAAACAAUACAAAUUUAGAAUAAGAGCCGUAAAUAAAAUAGGCUCUAGUGAGCCAGCUCUAUUUGGUAAACCUGUGCUUGCCAAAGACCCUUGGGAUGAACCAGGAAAACCAAAUAACGUUGAAGUGGUUGACUGGGAUAAAGACCACGCUGACCUAACAUGGAAAGCUCCAGAGAACGACGGCGGUGCCCCUAUUACAAGUUAUAUUAUUGAAGUUAAGGAAAAAUUUGGAAAAGAUUGGUCUAAAGGUAUUGAAGUAGAUGGAGAUAAAUUCUCCGGUACUGUGCCAGGACUUGAGGAAAACAAGCAGUAUGAAUUUAGGGUGCGCGCUGUAAAUAAAGCCGGGCCUGGUGAACCGAGUGAUACAACUAAACCUAUUAUAGCUAAAUGUCGUUUUGUUAAACCAUUUAUUAUUGGUGAUGAUCUGAAGAGCAUUAUAAUUAAAAAAGGACAAACUAUUAAAUAUGAUAUUAAAUAUGGUGGUGAGCCGGAACCAACAGUUCAGUGGUUUUUAGAUACAAAAGAAAUAAAACCAGAUGCAGAAGAACGUAUUACCAUUGACGGAUACGAAAAAAAUACUAUAUUAACUGUCAGAAGAGCAACUCGUAUUGAUAGUGGCAAAUAUCGCUUAGUCCUUAGUAACACAUCGGGUGUAUGUGAAGGAUCUGCUGAAGUAAUUGUCUUAGAUAAACCUACUCCACCAAAGGGACCGCUUGAGCCAGAAGAAAUACGUGCAGACCACAUAACAGUAAAGUGGCAAAGACCGCAAGAUGCUGGUGGUACCGAGCUAACUGGAUACGUUCUUGAAAAAAUGGAUAUGGAUACUGGUCGUUGGGUAUCUGCCGGUGAAGUUGGCCCUGAAAGUAAUAAAUUUACAUUCAAAAAUCUCACUCCCAAAAAGAAAUACAAGUUUAGAGUUAGAGCAAAGAACAAGGAAGGUGAAUCUGAACCUCUAGAAACUUCAGAUUUUAUCCUUGCAAAAAAUCCCUAUGAUGAACCUGGUGCGCCUUCUAAACCGGAAAUUAUUGACUACGACAAUAAGAGUGUUACCUUAAAAUGGAAUAAACCUGAAAAUGACGGAGGAAGACCAAUUACACAUUAUACAGUUGAAAUGAAAGAUAAGUUUUCCCCAGAUUGGAAGGAAGUGGCAAAGACCCCUGAUGCAAAUCCCACAGUAUUAGUAGAAGGAUUAAAGGAAAAUCUAGUUUAUCAGUUCAAAGUACGAGCACAUAACAAGGCUGGAUCCAGUGAGCCUUCUGAACCAACAGAUAACCACCUCUGCAAGCAUAAGAACUUAAAGCCCCGAAUCGAUAGAGAAACAAUAAAAUCAGUUACCAUAAAAGCCGGAAGAACCCACAAGUGGGCGGUUGAUUUUAUGGGUGAGCCUCCACCGGAAGUUAAGUGGGUCUGGCGUGAUAACAUUCCACUGACUAAUACUGAGCGUAUUAAAAUCGAAAAUGCUGACUAUCACACAGAUUUUACUCUUUUAAACGCUGUUAGAAAAGAUACUGGAAAGUAUACUCUUAUUAUCGAGAAUAUUAACGGCAAAGACCAAGAAACAGUUGAACUAACCGUUUUAAGUAAGCCUGAUUCUCCUAAAGGACCCUUGGUUGUAAGCGAUGUUACAGCUGAAAAGGCUAAAGUUAGCUGGAAGAAACCUGAAGAUGAUGGCGGAAGUCCAGUAAAAGAAUAUGAAAUUGAAAAGAUGGAUAUGGCGACUGGCAAAUGGGUUAGAUGUGGUAGAGUGCCGGCUGACAAAUUAUCACCUGACGGAAAAGGUGAAUUUGAAGUUACCGGCCUUAACCCAGGUUCGGAGUAUAAAUUUAGAGUUACUGCAGUAAAUAAUGAGGGAGACUCGGAGCCACUAGUUUCUGAGAAACCCACCUUGGCUAAAAAUCCAUUUGAUGAGCCAGGCAAGCCAGGCGUUCCAGAAAUAGUUGACUAUGACAACAAAGGCGUAGAUCUUAAGUGGACACCACCAGCAAGUGACGGAGGAUCUCCAAUCGAAAAAUACAUUAUUGAGAAAAAAGAUCGCUAUAAACCCGAUUGGGAAAAAGCUUGUGAAGUUCCAGGCGAUCAAUUACAAGCUCGAGUAGAAGAUCUUAAGGAAAGGGGAGAGUACCAGUUUCGAGUAAAAGCAGUUAAUAAAGCUGGACCUGGUGUGCCAUCAGAUGCUUCACAAAUGCAAAUUAUUAAGCAUAGAUCGCUUAAACCAAGGAUCGACCGGACAAACCUUAAACCUAUUAUAGUACGUGCUGGUAAGCCAAUUAAGUAUGACAUAGACGUAAGAGGUGAGCCGCCACCAACAUGCAGCUGGUAUCAAAAUGAAAAAGAAGUCAAAUCUGAGGGGAAUAUAGAGAUUAUCAACGUAGAUUAUAACACAAAGUUAAACAUUACAAAUUCAAUACGCAAAAAUACCGGAUUAUACAAAAUUAAAGCGGUUAAUGAACACGGACAAGAUGAAGCAGAAGUUGAAGUAACCGUUCUUUCUGCCCCAGGUAAACCAAAGGGCCCGCUAGAAGUAACUGACGUAACAAAGGGAGGUUGCAAAUUGAAAUGGCAAAAGCCCGAAGAUGAUGGGGGUAAGCCAGUAACUGGAUAUGUAGUAGAGAAACUAGAUAAGGCGACGGGCAGGUGGAUCACAGUCGGCCGCACUGGACCAAAUGACACUGAAAUGGAUGUCAAGGGUCUCCAGGAAGGUCAUGAAUAUGAUUUUAGAGUAAAAGCUGUUAAUGAUGAAGGUGAAUCAGAACCUCUUGAGACUGAUGGGUCUAUUAUCGCAAAGAACCCAUAUGAUAUUCCUGGAAAACCUGGAACCCCAGUAAUUGAGGAUUGGGAUGCUGAUCACGUUGACCUUAAAUGGGUUGCUCCAAAGAGCACCGGUGGUGCACCAAUCAUUGGAUACGUAAUUGAAAAAAAAGAAAAAUUCUCUACUUCUUGGGAUGAGAUACUGAGUACCGAUUCCCCAUCAUGCGAAGCAAGAGUACCUGGUCUAAAGGAAGGAAACACAUAUCAAUUCCGUGUAAGGGCUGUUAAUAAGGCAGGCCCAGGAGAACCUUCUGAUGCUACCCCACAACAUGUUGCUAAGGCGAGACACAUGCGUCCCCUUAUUAAUAGAGAGAAAAUGCAUACCGUGAAAGUGCGUGCAGGUCAGCUUGUGAAGUUUGAUGUAGAUGUAAGGGGCGAACCUCCACCAAAAUGUACUUGGAGUCUUGCCCUAAAGCCUUUAGAAAAUGGGCCAACCUGUAAAAUUGAAAAUGAGGAUUAUAAUACAAAACUUUCACUAACAGAUACUAAACGAAAAGAUACAGGCACAUACACUCUUAGAGCCGAAAAUGACUCCGGUUUUGAUGAAGCGUCUGUUGAAGUCGAGAUACUUGAUAAGCCCGGAAAACCAGAAGGGCCACUAGAAGUAAGCGAUGUUCAUAAAGAGGGCUGUAAAUUGAAAUGGGGCAAGCCUAAAGAUGAUGGUGGUUUGCCGAUCACUGGUUACGUAGUAGAGAAACAGGAUACCCAAACAGGAAGAUGGGUUCCAGCAGGAUUUGUUGAUGCUGACAAAACGGAUCAUGAGAUUACGGGCCUUGAGCCUAAUAAGAAGUACAACUUUAGAGUAAAGGCUAUAAACGAAGAAGGUGAAUCUGAGCCCUUAGAAACUGAUACUGCCACUCUCGCCAAGAAUCCAUAUGACGUCUCAGCACCACCAGGACUACCUGAAAUUGUAGAUUGGGAUGAACAUUCAGUUAAAUUAAAAUGGGAAAAACCUGUUAGAGAUGGGGGUACUCCAAUUACUGGAUAUGUUAUUGAAGCAAUGGACAAAUUUACAGGCCAGUUUGUAAAAGUAGCUGAAGUUGGUCCACAAUGUCAAGGUCAAGUUGGAAAAUUAGAAGAAGGAAACCAAUACAAAUUCCGAGUUCGUGCUAUUAAUAAGGCGGGUCAAUCUGAACCAUCAGAACAAACCAACUGGCAUACAGCAAAGGCGCGAUAUUUGAAACCUCUUAUCGACCGCACAAAUUUGAAGCCGCUAACGGUCAAAUCGGGCCUCUCCAUUAGCUUAGAUGUAAAUAUUCAAGGAGAACCUCCACCGAAAGUCACAUGGUUGUACGAAGGCAAAGAAAUAACCUCUACAGAGGUUAUGAAAAUAGACAAUAUCGACUAUAAUACAAAAUUCUUUGUACUUCGGGCUCAAAGAGUUCAUUCAGGAAAAUAUACCAUUAUUGCAAGUAAUGAAGUUGGAGAAGAUCAAGCAGAUAUUGAAAUCUCUGUACUUGGAAAACCGGGAAGUCCUAAAGGACCUUUAGAUGUCUCCAAUGUUACCAAACAUGGUUGUAAGCUAACAUGGAAAAAACCGGAAGAUGAUGGUGGUACCCCAAUCGAGCACUACGAAAUUGAGAAAUUGGAUCCUUUGACUGGCCAGUGGAUUCCUUGUGGGAGAAGUACCGAGCCAGAGGCAAAUAUAACAGGUUUGCAAGAAGGCAAGCCAUAUAAAUUUAGAGUAAAAGCUGUGAAUAAAGAAGGAGAAUCAGAACCCCUUGAGACAGAAAAAUCGAUAAUUGCUAAAAAUCCAUUUGAUGAACCUAGUAAGCCUGGCCGACCGGACUUGACCAACUGGGAUAAAGAUUUCGUCGAAUUAGCGUGGAAGCCACCAGUUAGUGAUGGUGGUGCUCCAAUCCAAAAAUAUAUUAUUCAAAUGCACGAUAAAGCCGGAAGAGGUUGGAUCGAUGCUGCAAACGUUUCGGGUGAUAAAACUUCAGGGCGCAUCGAGACUGUAGAAGAGGGUCAUGAAUAUGAAUUUAGAAUUGUCGCUGUUAACAAAGCUGGACCAAGUGAGCCUAGCGAUCCGUCUAAGCCCGUUAUUGCCAAACCCCGAUUCUUGGCUCCAAAGAUUGAUCGAAAAAAUCUUACUAAAAAGGUUCUUCGGCCCGGUCAACUGCUACGACUCGAAGCUGACGUCAAAGGUGAACCUGCUCCAACCGUAACAUGGGCUUUCAAAGAACAGACUCUCAGGACAGCAGAUCGUUUAAAAAUUGAUAAUGAAGAUUAUCACACUAGUUUUGUAUUACAAAAAGUACAACGCAGUGAUACUGGCGUAUAUAUAGUAACUGCUAGAAAUGAUUCUGGUGUUGAUACAGUAGAAGUGGAAAUUUGUGUCGUGACUAAACCUGCUAAACCAAAGGGACCUCUAAAGGUAUCAGAUAUGACAGCAGAAGGAUGCAAACUGGAAUGGAAGGCACCAGAGGAUGAUGGUGGUGAACCGGUUACAAGUUAUGUAGUUGAACGUAUGGAUGUUGAAAGCGGUAGGUGGGUACCUGUAACCACGACAAAAACACCAGAUGCUGAUGUUACUGGCUUGAUUGAGGGUAAAGAUUACUUAUUCAGAGUAAAAGCUAUUAAUUCUGAAGGCGAAUCUGAACCCCUUGUUACGGAUGAACCAAUUACAGCUAAGAAUCCCUACACUGAACCUGACUCUCCUAGUAAACCUGAACUCAAAGACUGGAGCAAGGAUCAUGCUGAUCUAAAAUGGGUACCACCAAAGAAUGAUGGUGGUAGCCCAAUUGAAAAAUAUAUUAUCGAAAAGAAAGAUCCUAUUACAGGAAAAUGGCAUAAGGCCGUUGAAGUUCCAGCAAACAAAACUGAGGCCAGAGUUCCUGAUUUACAAGAGGGUCAAAAAUAUUCAUUCCGUGUAAAAGCUGUGAAUAAAGGAGGAGAAAGUAAGCCAUCGCCACCAUCUGAUACUAUCACUGCUAAAGACAGAUUCGUACCUCCAAAAAUUGAUCGCAGCACCCUUAAAGAUCUUAUAGUAAAAACUGGACAGCAUAUUCGCUUGGAUGUCAAAAUAUCAGGUGAACCUCCGCCAUCAAAAACUUGGUUCCUUAAUAAGGCCCGAAUUGAAAACCGUGACGAUAUUAAUGUGGAUAUAGAAGAUUAUAGAACUAAAUUAGUAAUUCCUGUAGCCAAAAGAGAACAUACGGGAACACUCUUUAUUAAAGCUGAAAACAGUUCAGGUAAAGACGAAGCUAAAAUUGAAAUUACGGUUCUGGAUGUACCAGGCAAACCAGAAGGUCCCCUCAAGAUAUCUAAUAUCCAUAAAGAAGGAUGUACGCUUAAGUGGAAUCCUCCACAAGAUGAUGGUGGUGUUCCCGUAGAAUAUUAUCAAGUAGAAAAGCUUGAUGUCGCAACUGGUCGCUGGGUUCCAGCAGGUAGAUCUAAAGAUCCCAAGAUUGAUCUAAAUAAUUUAGAACCAGGUCAAGAAUAUAAAUUUAGAGUCUCUGCAGUAAAUGCGGAAGGUGAAUCAGAACCUUUAGAAGCAGAACAAACAAUUAUCGCCAAAAAUCCUUUCGAUGAACCUGGAGCACCAGGUACACCUGAAGUGGUUGAUUGGGAUAAGGACCAUGUUGACUUAAAAUGGAGUCCACCAGCAAAUGAUGGUGGAUCUCCCAUCACAGGAUAUAUCAUUGAAAAAAGGGAAAAAGGCUCGCCCAAAUGGACGAAAGCUGGAGAAACUGGUCCAUUUGAAACGAAAGGAACUGCCGCAAAUUUGGACGAAGGAGUUGAAUAUGAAUUUAGAGUGAAGGCCGUAAAUGCUGCUGGACCUGGAGAGCCGAGUCAAGCAUCAAAGUCAGUUGUCACAAAAUCUAGGAAAUUGGCACCCAAAAUUGACCGUCGUAAUCUACAUGAUAUGAGAAUCAAAGAAGGAGAACCAAUUUACAUUGAUGUUAAAGUUAGCGGUGAACCUGCCCCCGACGUAGCAUGGUACCAAGAAAGUCGCAUUAUAAUCAGUAAUGCCCAUAAGCGGAUCGAUAAUGUACCUUAUAACUCCAAAUUCUUCAAUGACAGACCCGAGCGCAAGGAUACUGGAGUUUACAAGAUUGUUGCAUCCAAUAAAUAUGGGCAAGAUACUGCUGAGAUUGAGAUCACUGUAGUUUCUCCACCGGGACAGCCAGAAGGCCCACUUGAGGUAUCUGAUAUCCACAAAGAUGGCUGUACAUUAAAAUGGAAGAGACCUAAAGAUGAUGGUGGCGAACCUGUGGAAAACUAUAUUGUUGAAAAAUUAGAUGAAGAGACAGGCAUCUGGCUACCAGUAGGAAAAACUUCAGGAGCUAUUCCAGAAAUGCAAGUAGAUGGGCUUAUUCCAGGACAUGAAUAUAAAUUUAGAGUAAAAGCAGCAAAUAAAGAAGGAGAAUCUGAGCCAUUAGAAACGAUCGGAUCUAUUACUGCUAAGGAUCCUUAUAGUAAUGCUAGUAAACCUGGUACACCUGAGCCAGAAGACUGGUCGGCGAACCAUGUUGAUCUAAAAUGGACGGAACCAGCUUCAGAUGGUGGAUCACCUAUUACAGGCUAUAUUAUUGAAAUGAAAGACAAAUAUAGUCCUCUCUGGGAAAAGGCAGUAGAAACAACUAGUUCUACGCCUACUGCCACAGUUACUGGUCUUAUUGAAGGCAAUGAAUAUCAGUUUAGGGUCAUCGCUAUAAAUGCUGCGGGUCCUAGCCCUGCCUCUGAUGCUAGUAAAGUGUUUACUGCCAAACCUAGAUUUUUGGCACCCAAAAUUGACAGACGCUACCUCCAUGAUGUUACUAUCUCAGCAGGCUCGCCACUUAAAUUUGAGGCUAAUAUUAUAGGUGAACCUCCACCGAAAGUAGAAUGGCGAUAUAAUGGUAUCACUCUAAAAGAUGAUCAUCGUACUUCUAUUGAUAAUCCGGAAUAUAGCACUAAAAUUGCAAUUCGUCCAGUUAACAGAGAUGAUACAGGCCAAUAUACUGUUACAGCCACUAACAGCUCUGGAAAAGACACGCAUACUAUCAAUGUUACAGUGACAGAUAAGCCUACGCCACCACAAGGACCUCUGCAGGUUUCCGACAUUAACAAACAUGGAUGUAAACUUAAAUGGAAACGUCCUAAAGAUGAUGGUGGCACCCCUAUCGAGUACUACCAAAUAGAUAAAAUGGAACCUGAAACUGGAUGUUGGGUACCUUGUGGAAGAGCCACAGAGCUUAAUUUUGAUGUCACUGGCCUAAAACCAAAUGAAGAAUACAAAUUCAGAGUAGCAGCAGUAAAUGCUGAGGGUGAAUCAAAACCACUAGAAACAGAAAUUCCUAUCAUUGCUAAAAAUCCAUUUGAUGAACCUGGCCCACCUGGGCAUCUUAAGGCGACUGACUGGGAUAAAGAUCAUGUUGAUUUGGAAUGGCUUCCGCCAAAAGAAGAUGGGGGAGCUCCGAUUACUGGUUAUAUCAUCGAAAAAAAAGAUAAAUUUGGGGAUUGGGAAAAAGCUCUUGAACUGCCUGCCGACAGACUAAAAGCAACUGUUCCUGAUCUUAUUGAAGGACAACCUUACCAAUUUAGGGUGCGAGCUGUUAAUGCAGCAGGACCUGGUGACCCAAGCAACGAAACACCAACUAUUAUAGCAAAACCACGAAACUUGGCGCCUAAAAUUGACCGAACCAAUCUCAUCGAAGUUAAAAUUCGAGCAGGUCAAAGCUUUUCUUAUGAUGUUAAAGUUAGUGGUGAACCUAUACCUACUACGAAAUGGUUACUUAAGAGUAAAGAAAUUAAAUCAGGACCGAAUUGUAAGGUGCAACACGCAGAAUAUAAUACCAAGAUAUCUGUUAAAAAUGCGACAAGAGCUGACUCUGGAACAUAUACUGUAACUGCUGAGAACGUCAAUGGCAAAGAUAUUGCUGAAGUGGAAGUUAUUGUUUUAGAUGUUCCAAGUCCUCCUGGUGGUCCACUUAAGGUUUCUGAUAUCCACGCCAAUGGCUGCAAGCUAAAUUGGAGACCUCCAGCCGAUGAUGGUGGCCAGCCAGUUGAAAACUAUAUAGUCGAAAAGAUGGAUGAAGCCAGUGGACGCUGGGUACCCGUGGGAGAAACCGAAGGACCUACAACAUCCUUAAAUGUAGAUGGCUUAGUACCAGGUCAUAAAUACAAGUUUAGGGUAAGGGCACAAAACCGUCAGGGUAAAUCAGAACCACUUACCACGUCUCAAGCUAUAGAAGCCAAAAAUCCAUUUGAUGAACCAGGUAAAACAAGUGCACCUGAAAUUAUUGAUUAUGACAGUGAUUUCGUUGAACUUAAAUGGGAGAAGCCUGAGUUAGAUGGUGGUUCUCCAAUUACCGGCUAUAUAAUUGAAAAGCGAGAUAAAUUUAAUCCAAAUUGGGAAAAAUGUGCUGAAGUUGAAGGAGAUGUUCCAAGAGGCAAAGUAAACGAUCUUAUUGAAGGCACUCCAUAUGAAUUUAGAAUUGUGGCUGUCAAUAAAGCUGGACCUGGCGAACCAAGUGAUGCAUCUAAAAUACAUGUUGCUAGACCUAAAAAUCUGGCCCCCAAGAUUGAUAGAAAUGCAUUCCUUGCCCUUAAAGUCAAAGUUGGCCAAUCAAUUGAGUUUAAUGUUCCUGUGAUAGGCGAACCACCACCAAGCAAAGAGUGGAAGCAUAAGGAAGAUAUUUUAUUUAACUCUAAUAGAGUAAAAAUUACUAAUGAGGACUAUAGAACGCAAAUAAAAAUAAUUGAUGCCCAGAGGUCUGAUAGUGGACCAUACACCUUAACAGUUAAAAAUAUAAAUGGCAAAGAUACUGAAACUGUCAUGGUGACAGUAUUAGACGUACCAACAGCUCCUGAAGGACCUCUUGUUGCCGACAAUGUUACUAAGAGUUCACUGGAUCUUCAUUGGAGACCCCCCAAAGACGAUGGUGGAUCAGAAAUAUCUUAUUAUGCAGUUGAAAAACUUGACACAGAAAAUAUGAGAUGGGUCCCCGCAGGCACUUCUAUUGGCACAUCAAUGAGAGUUCCAAAUUUAACUGAAGGUCAUGAUUACCAAUUUCGUGUUCGGGCUGUUAACAAACAAGGUGAAUCAUUACCGUUAACCACUAUUGAAAGUAUUACUGCUAAGGAUCCCUUUACUAAACCUGAUAGACCUGGGGCACCUACCCCAACAGAUUGGGAUAAAGAUCAUGUAGAUCUUGAAUGGGCUGCUCCUAGAAAAGAUGGAGGAUCACCAAUAACCGAAUACAUAAUUGAAAAAAGACCAAAACAUGGAUCCUGGGAAGAAGCUGUAAGAGUACCUGGCAACCAAACUAAGGGAACUGUGCCAAAUUUAACUGAAGGGGAAGAAUAUACUUUUAGAGUCAUUGCAGUCAAUAAGGCAGGCAACAGCGAGCCAAGUGAGGUAUCUAUACCUGUAAUCGCGAAGCCAAGAUUUUUGGCUCCUUCAUUCAAUAAAGGUCUGCUCAAGGAUCUUACUAUUAAAGUUGGUCAAACAUUCGGCUGGACUAUACCUAUUGAAGCUGCUCCAAAACCAAUAGCAAAAUGGUCUGUUAAUGGAAAAGAAAUUAUUAAUGAUGACAGAGUUGAUCACGCUGUUUAUAAUAACAAAGUUUCGAUCGACGUUACGUCUGCGUUAAGAACUGAUACUGGUAGAUAUACUCUAGUAUUAAGUAAUGAUCUUGGCAGCUUUACAGCCUCGGCCCAAGUAACAGUCUUAGAUAAACCGGGACCGCCUCAAGCUCCUUUGGAUGUUAGUAAUGUUACGAAAGAAAGUGCGAGGGUUUCAUGGAAACCCCCACUUGAUGAUGGGGGAUCGCCAAUUCUUCACUAUAUUGUUGAAAAAAUGGACGUAUCUCGAGGAACCUGGUCAGAUGCAGGAAUGGCCACAUUAACAUUCCAUGACAUUACCAGAUUAAUUCAUAAAAAAGAGUACUUUUUCAGAGUAAAAGCUGUAAAUGCUAUUGGAGAGUCUGAGCCCCUUGAAACGUCCAGAAGCUAUAUUGCUAAAAACGAAUUUGAUGAGCCUAGUGCCCCGGGAAAACCAGCAGUUGUAGACUGGGAUAAAGACCAUAUUGAUCUUGAAUGGACCGCACCAAAAAGCGAUGGUGGUUCUCCUAUCACCGGUUACAUUGUGCAGAAAAAAGAAAAGGGUAGUCCAUAUUGGAUAAAUGCUGUUCAUGUUCCGGCGAAGAAAACCACUUGCACUGUUCCUGAUCUUUCGGAGGGUCAAGAUUAUGAAUUUAGAGUUAUUGCUACCAAUACCGCUGGACAAAGUGAGCCCUCUGAACCUUCUGAUGUUGUCACUGCUAAAGCUAGAUUCUUGGCUCCCAAGAUUAAAACACCACUUCAUGAUAUCCGUAUCAAAGCUGGACUGAUUCUUCAUAUUGAUAUUGACUUCAUUGGAGAGCCCUGCCCGGAGCCCACCUGGACCAUUGGAAAUAAACCUUUGGUAGCCAAUGAUCGCACAACAAUUACAUCAAUAGGUUAUCAUACUGUUAUUCAUAGCGUUAAUGCUAAACGUUCAGAUAGUGGCUUGUAUAAUCUUUCAAUUAAAAAUAAUUCAGGUAUAGACGAAGGCUCAUUUCAAGUUACAGUUCUCGAUCGCCCUGGCCCCGCUGAAGGACCUCUUGAAUAUGAAGAAGUCACAGCUCAAAGCGUAACAUUAUCUUGGAAACCACCAAAGGAUAAUGGUGGUAGCGAAAUUACUGGCUAUGUGAUCGAGAAAAGAGAUCUUACCCAUGGAGGCGGGUGGGUGCCAGCUGUUAAUUAUGUCAAUCCCAAAUAUAAUCACGCUAUAGUGCCAAGAUUGCUAGAAGGAACUAAAUAUGAAUUUAGAGUAUUUGCUGAAAACUUACAGGGUCGAUCGGAUCCACUAAAUACUGAAAAACCCAUUGUGGCCAAAAACCAAUACGACGUACCAGGCAAGCCGGGUAAACCUGAACUAGUUAACAGUGAUAAGGAUCACAUUAAAAUUAAAUGGUCUGCUCCGAUCAGCAAUGGUGGCUCACCUAUUAUUGGAUAUGAUGUCGAACGUCGCGAUCGGGCCACAGGUAGAUGGGUUAAGCUUACUAAAGAACCAGUAAGAACACAGGAAUAUUACGACGAUCGUGUUCAGGAAGGACACCAAUAUGAAUAUAGGAUAUCAGCAGUCAACGCAGCUGGCAACGGAAAGCCUAGUGACGCUUCAAAUGCUUUUAUUGCUAGGUCCCUUAAAGAAAAACCAAAACUAUGGUUGGAUGGAAUUAUAGGAAAGAAAAUAAAAGUGCGUGCAGGCGAGCCGAUUAAUAUUGAUAUUCCGUUAACUGGUGCCCCAGCACCAAAGGUUGAAUGGAUAAAAAAUAAGAUUCAAGUCCCAGAAAGUAGCAGAUUAUACACGGAAACUAGUAGUGAGCACACACGUCUUCGAGUUGAGGCUUCAAAUAGAGGUGAUGCGGGCAUUUAUACUAUAAGGGCCAAGAAUGAUUAUGGAAGCGAUGAGGCUGAUAUUGAAGUUAUAGUAGUUGACAAGCCAGGAAUACCCAAGGGUCCGCUUCAGUAUACUGCAACUACUCAAGAUACCGUUUCGUUAUCAUGGAAUGCACCUGAUGAUAAUGGCGGUGGUGAUAUAACUGGCUAUAUUGUAGAAAUUUCUGAAUAUGGCCUAGACAGUUGGCGUCCAUGUCCAGGCUUCUGUCCUAGACCGUCAUUUACGGCCCGCAAUUUAACUGAAGGGAAAAAGUACGUAUUUAGAGUUCGGGCUGAAAAUAUCUAUGGAGUAUCCGAACCUCUGGAAGGAAAGCCGGUAGUUGCCAAGAGUCUAUUUGACCCACCAGGUCCGCCAGAUCAACCGGAAGUCGUCGGAUAUACUCCUAGUUCCUGUUCCCUAAAAUGGAAUCCACCAGUUUCCACUGGGGGUAAGCCAAUUACUGGUUAUAUUGUUGAAAAACGUGAACGUGGAGGAGACUGGAUCAAAGUUAAUAACUAUCCAACACCAAAUGCUCAAUAUACUGUACAAGAUUUACGUGAAGGAAAUAAAUAUGAAUUUAGAGUAACAGCAGUAAACGAAGCCGGCCCAGGUGAGCCGAGCAAACCUACAGAACCUAUUAUUGCUCAACAUCAAAGAUUCGUUCCCGGUACUCCCGAACCGCCUAAGGCCGACCGAACUACCAAAGAUAGCGUCACACUGUCGUGGAGACCCCCGAAAAGUGACGGCGGCUCAAGACUUAAGGGUUACGUUCUGCAACAACGGCCCAAGGGUUCGGAUGAUUGGACGGAUGUAAACUCUAUUCCUAUUAAUGACACAGUUUACACUGUUCCCAAGCUUAAGGAAGGAGAAGAAUAUCAGUUUAGAGUAAUUGCUGUAAAUGAUGUCGGAAAAUCAGAACCUAGUAGGCCCAGCAACCCUAUUCUUAUCGAGGAACAACCCAACAAACCUCGUUUAGAUUUAGGAGGUGUUCGUGAUAUAAUUGUAAGAGCGGGUGAAGACUUUAGCAUUCAUAUACCAUACAUAGGCUUUCCGAAACCUACUGCAGUAUGGUUUGCUAAUGAUAAAGUACUAGAUGAAUCUGAUAAUCGUGUAUUCCCACAACUUGCUGAUGAUUAUGCAAGUGUAAUUAUUAAGAAUUCUAAGAGAUCCGAUACGGGACAAUACAGAUUACAGCUGAAAAAUCCAUCUGGUUUCGACGCUGCCACAAUUAAUGUGAAAGUUCUUGAUCGGCCAGGAAAACCUGAAAACCUCAGAGCUGAUGAAUUUGCUGGUGACUCCCUUACUUUGUACUGGCAGCCUCCUAAAGAUAAUGGUGGCGCAGAUAUCACUAACUAUAUAGUUGAAAAGAAGGAAUCUAAAUCAUCGACUUGGACCAAGGUGAGCAGCUAUGUGACUGUUCCAUUCGUACGAAUUCGAAAUCUUACUCUAGGAAAAGAGUAUGAUUUUAGAGUUUUUGCUGAAAAUCAAUACGGUCAGUCAGAACCAACUGUUACCUCCGAGCCCAUUAGAGCAAGGCAUCCAUUUAAUCCUCCUGGAGCGCCCGGUGCACCGAGAGGAGUCGAAACUACGGAGGAUUCAAUUACCAUACAGUGGUCUAAGCCACGACAUGAUGGUGGCUCUCCUAUUACUGGUUACGUUGUAGAGAAAAGAUUAAUUACCGAAGAUAAAUGGAGUAAAGCUUCACAUGCAAUAGUACCAGAUCUAAACCUUAAAGUAAUCAACCUUAUUGAGAACCAUGAAUAUGAGUUCAGGGUUGCCGCCAUUAACGCAGCGGGUCAAGGCCCAUGGAGCUCUGCGUCAGAUGCAAUUUGCGCUAGGGCUGCUCCUUUUGCCCCUAAGAUAACUUCUGAUUUAAGUAUUCGUGAUAUUAUUGUAAUAGCUGGAGAAGAACUAAAGAUAACUGUUCCUUAUGUUGCAACACCAAGACCAAAGUCCAGUUGGACCAUCAAUGGAGACGAGAUUAGCGGAGAUGAUAGAAUUAAAUUUGAAACGACUGAUAUUGCAUCUGUUUUCUAUAAUAAAUGUGCCAAGCGUUCUGAUACUGGUAGUUACACGAUUAAACUGACGAAUUCCAUGGGAUCGGAUUCAGCAUCUUGCAGAGUACUAGUUGUAGACAGACCUCAACCUCCUCAGGGGCCACUAGAUAUUUCUGAUGUGACUCCCGAUAACUGUUCGCUUGCUUGGAGGCCGCCACUAGAUGACGGUGGAACUCCAGUUACUAAUUAUAUUGUUGAAAAAUUAGACACCAAUGGAAUUUGGGUUAAAGUAAGCAGUUUUGUGCGCAAUACUCAGUACGAUGUAAUGAGUCUAGAACCUAAUAAAAAAUAUAGCUUUAGAGUAAGGGCGGAAAAUCAAUAUGGAAUUAGUGAUCCUCUCGAAAGCUCAGAACCUAUUAUUGCCAAAUAUCCAUUUACAAUUCCAGAACCGCCAAGUCCCCCUCGCGUAGUAGAUUGGGACACCAACACUAUUAAUCUAGCAUGGGACAGGCCAGUACACGAUGGUGGUUCGCGCAUUCAGGGAUAUAAGCUAGAAUUCAGAGAUGUACGUGAAACUCACUGGGUCAGUGCCAACGAUUAUCUUAUUAAAGAUACACACUUUGACCUGUAUAAUUUGACUACCGGCCAAGAAUAUGAGUUUAGGGUCCGUGCCAAGAAUGCUGCCGGGUUUAGCAAGCCAUCUGCAUCGUCUUCAAGAAUUAAACUCAAAGGCAAAUUCAAUAUUCCCUCACCUCCUCGUAGUCCAAAAGUGACUAAUACCGGUAAAGGUUAUGUAGAUCUGGCUUGGGAACCCCCAAGUUCUGACGGAGGUUCUAAGAUAACGGGAUACCUAAUUGAAAAGAGAGAGAUCGGAAGCCCUAUAUGGACUAAGUGUAAUGAUUAUAACGUAACCGAUACUAACUAUACUGUCAUGAAUUUACAAGAUAAAAGCGAAUAUGAGUUUAGAAUAUCUGCCAUUAACGCAGCAGGAAAGAGCGAACCAAGUAGCUGCACAUCACCCGUCAAAGUUUGCGAGGUUCUCGGUGGUGAGAAACCAGAUUGGAUUAGAAGAUUACAAAAUGUUUUAGCUCCGCUUAAUAAAUCCGUUAGCUUAGAGUGUGAAGCCACUGGCAAACCUGAACCAACAUUCCGUUGGUUGAAAAACGGACGCGAAAUAAAAGUGGGUGGAAGAUUCAGAAUGGAAACAAAGGCUGGAACUGCAUGGCUUCACAUUACGGAUAUUUUGGAUAUCGAUGAUGGUGACUAUACAUGUGAAGCCAGUAAUUGUCUAGGAGCUGUUACUACAACUGCAAGGCUGAAAAUUGGAAAUCCUCCAAGAAUUGAGCGGUUACCUGGUGAUCUCUAUCUUACAGAAUUAGAUAACUCCAAAAUUAAAAUUUAUUAUUCAGGCGAUCAGCCAUUGGAGAUAUCUCUAACAAAGAAUGGUGAAACUAUUACGGAAGAUUCUCAUAUUAGAUUUACUAUAUUUGAUGACUAUAUAACAAUAAUUAUUAAGGAUAUUAAGAAAUCCGAUGCAGGAAACUACAGCAUAACAUUAAAGAAUGACAGCGGAAGUGCAACUGGAAGCUUCCCAGUAUACAUUACAGGUCUUCCAGGACCACCAAAUGGCCCAUUAGAAACGACCGACAUUACAAAACAUACUUGUACAUUGAGCUGGAAACCACCUUCUUAUGAUGGCGGCUUACGAGUAACUCAUUAUGUGAUAGAAAGAAAAGAUAUUGUUGGAACACAUUGGAUAACUGCAUCAAGCACUUGUAGAGAUACUACGUUUAUUGUUCAAGGAUUAACGGAAGGUCAAGAAUACCUAUUUAGAGUAAUGGCUGUAAAUGGGAAUGGUAUGGGUCCACCAUUAGAAGGCAUAAAUCCAAUCAAAGCUAAAGCACCAUUUGAUCCACCAUCACCACCUGGUAUUCCUACGGUUACUCAAGUUGGUGGUGAUUUUGUUAAUUUAGAAUGGACUAAGCCAGUAAAUGAUGGAGGAGCGCGUAUUCAAGGGUACUGGAUAGAUAAACGAGAAGUUGGUCAACUUGCCUGGCAACGAGUAAAUAUGGCAAUAUGUCUACCAACACAAAUCAAUGUAUCGAAUCUCAUUGAAGGCCGACAGUAUGAGUUUAGAGUAUUCGCUCAAAAUAUUGUUGGCCUUUCGGAACCUUCUUCCAAUUCAACUUCUAUUGUUAUUAAAGAUCCUUUGGCUCCUACACCGCCAGAAAUUAUCCGACCUCUUAAAAAUGCUCAGUGCAUUGAAAAUCACAAUGCCAAAUUCGAAUGUUCUAUCAUUGGUGUACCCUCACCUACUAUAACUUGGUACAAAGGAGCAAGAGAAAUUACAAAUGGAUCAAGAUAUUACAUUUAUAGCGAGGGAGAAGUUCAUCACCUCGUGAUUCAUGAUGUAUUUGGUGAAGAUGCUGAUGAAUAUGUCUGUCGGGCAUCAAACAAAGCUGGUGUCAAAUCCACACGAGCGGAAUUGUUAAUAAUGACUGCACCUAAACUAAACAUUCCACCGCGGUUCCGUGAUAGUGCAUACUUUGAUAAGGGUGAAAAUGUCAUUAUCAAAAUUCCAUUUACUGGAUUCCCCAAGCCUAGAAUUUCCUGGGUAAGAGAAGGUGAAAUUAUUGAAUCAGGAGGGCACUACCAUGUUGAAGUUAAAGAUAGACAUGCUAUUCUUACCAUAAGGGAUGCUAGUAAGUUAGAUAGCGGCCCAUACAAAAUAACAGCUGAAAAUGAGCUUGGUCAGGAUACAGCUAUUAUUAAAAUUCAAAUUGCUGACCGUCCAGACCCUCCAAGAUUCCCGGCAGUAGAUAAUAUUGGAUCUGAUUCAUUAGCACUCAGCUGGAAAGCACCGGUCUGGGAUGGUGGAAGUAAUAUUACAAAUUAUAUGGUGGAAAGGAGAGAACAUCCUCUUUCAACAUGGAUAAGAGUUGGUAAUACUCGUCUUACUACUAUGGCCGUAAGCGGAUUGACACCUGGGCAUGAUUAUGAGUUUAGAAUUUAUGCCGAAAAUAUAUAUGGAAGGUCGGACCCAUCUGAUGUAAGUAACACUGUAUCAAUGAAAUCUACUAUCAAGAAAAAGGUUGAAAAGAAGAAGUAUGAUGUUGAUGAGACAGGUAAAAAGAUUCGAGAAUCACAUAAAGAGCCAUCUAAAGACUAUGACAAUUAUGUGUUUGACAUCUAUUCUAAAUUUGUUCCUCAACCUGUUGAAAUUAAAUCCAAGAGCGUAUAUGAUGAUUAUGAUAUCUUAGAGGAAAUCGGUACUGGUGCAUUUGGCGUUGUUCAUAGAUGUCGUGAAAGGAAGACAGGAAACAUAUUUGCCGCCAAAUUUAUUCCAGUAUCCCAUACAAUAGAGAAGGAAUUAAUACGAAAAGAAAUUGACAUUAUGAACCAACUGCAUCAUCCCAAGCUCAUUAACCUUCAUGAUGCAUUUGAAGACGAUGACGAAAUGGUACUUAUAUAUGAAUUCUUGUCAGGUGGAGAAUUAUUUGAACGUAUUACAGCGGAAGGUUAUAGUAUGUCCGAAGCUGAAGUAAUUAAUUAUAUGAGACAGAUUUGCGAAGGUAUUAAGCAUAUGCAUGAAAAGAAUAUAAUUCAUCUUGAUAUUAAACCAGAAAAUAUAAUGUGUCAGACUCGUAAGAGUACAAACAUUAAGCUUAUCGAUUUUGGACUCGCAACUAAAUUGGAUCCAAAUGAAGUCGUAAAGAUUUCCACUGGUACAGCGGAAUUUGCAGCUCCAGAAAUCGUUGAACGAGAACCAGUUGGCUUCUAUACCGAUAUGUGGGCAGUUGGUGUGUUGGCUUACGUUUUACUUAGUGGGCUAUCACCAUUUGCUGGGGAUAACGAUAUUGAAACCUUAAAAAAUGUUAAAGCUUGUGAUUGGGACUUUGAUGAAGAAGCUUUUUCAAAUGUAUCUGAGGAAGGAAAGGACUUUAUUAGGCGAUUGUUGCUUAAAAAUAAAGAAAAACGUAUGACCGCCCAAGAAUGUCUGCUACAUACCUGGUUAGCUGGCGAUCACAGUGAUAGAACGAAAACUAUAGACCAAUCAAAAUACUUAAAGAUUCGUGAUAGAAUACGUGCCAAAUAUGAUGCUUGGGACUCAUUCGCAUUACCGAUUGGACGCCUUUCUGAAUAUUCGUCGUUGCGGAAAUUACUUAUUGAAAAAUACCGGAUUCAUGAUACAUACUUUGACCGCAGACAAGCAGCCCCCAGGUUCGUCAUCAAGCCACAAAGUGCUUUUUGUUACGAAGGUCAAAGUGUGAAGUUCUACUGCAGAGUUAUUGGUGUCGCUACUCCUACAGUUAGCUGGUAUCAUAACAACUUGGAAUUAAGGCAAAGCGUUAAGUUCAUGAAGCGAUAUGCUAACGACGAUUAUUACUUUAUUAUCAAUAGAGCUAGAUUACAAGAUCGUGGGGAAUAUAUUAUUCGGGCUGAAAAUCAUUACGGGGCCCGGGAAGAAGUCGUGUUUCUAAAUGUCCAACCAUUGCCAAAAGUUGUACCAGAAUAUAAGCCGGAAGUUCCACUUGUUAGAAAACGGGAGGCUCUGCCAUAUACCUUUUGGCAGGAAGAACAAGAAUGCGCUCCUAGUUUUACAUUUUUGCUUAGACCGAGAGUCAUGCAAGAACGUGAUACGUGUAAAUUAUUAUGCUGUCUUAGUGGUAAGCCAUUCCCUACCGUCAAAUGGUAUAAGGAUAAACGGGAACUUAGCAAGUAUGACUAUUCAAUGUCACAUUCUGAUGGAGUCAUUACAAUGGAAAUAUCAGGGUGUAGGCCAUCAGAUUCCGGAAAAUAUACUUGUGUGGCAACUAACAAACACGGCCAAGAUGAAACUUCUUGCGUUGUGAUUGUUGAAGGCGAAACAAGCACAGAAGAGCAAACAAAAAUGGCAGAAAGGAUAUUGCAUUCCGGCGACAGAAAAUAUAUUGAGAAUCCCAUAAAACCAGCUCCAAUCCCUGUAAAUAUUAGAAAACAAGUAACACAGCCCAAUCCUAUAUCAUCUAAAUCAACAAACGCCAGUACUACUAGUCUUGCUCAUUCAUCAUCAACGCUGAGCGUUGGUGAUGAGAAGAGGCCUAGAAAAUAUGGCCGACUAGACUCUACAGGCAGUUCGAAUAGAUCAAGGAGUGCUACUAAGGAACUAGCACUUCCUCCGGAUUCUUCGAUGGCGCCUCCACAAUUUUCAAAAGGCCUUCAAGACUUAGAAGUAAAUGAUGGAGAUCGGUUAGCGUUAACGACUCAUGUUCAGGGAGAUCCGGAGCCUCAAGUAGAGUGGACCAAAAAUGGAAAACCAUUAAGUUCUUCAGAAGUAAUUGAUCUCAAAUAUAAAAAUGGAAUUGCUAAGUUAUUAAUAAAUGAAGUUUAUCCUGAAGAUGAAGGCAUAUAUGUGUGCAAGGCAACCAACUCUAUGGGCACUGCAGAGACCACUUGUAAACUCAGUGUCAAAUUAUUAACUAAUCCGACAAAUGGUAAAAAGAAAGCUGAAGACAAACCUCCGACGAUAGUGAGUCACUUAGAUUCCGCCUAUGUAAAAGAUGGGGAGCCGGUGACAAUCUCUUGUCGAAUAAUAGGAACUGAUAAAUUUGAUGUAAUAUGGCUGCACAACAACAAAGAAAUUAAACCUAGCAAAGACUUUCAAUAUAUAAAUGAAGCAAAUAUCUACAAAUUGAUAAUUGCGGAAAUUUACCCAGAAGAUUCAGGAGUAUACACCUGUGAAGCAUUCAAUGAUGCUGGAGAAAGUUUCAGCAGUUGUACAUUAAAUGUAAUUGUUCCUGGCGAGCAGCCUAAGAGUCCUAUGUUCAAAACAUUCCCGAUUUCCGCCACGGUAUCAGAAGGCGAAGUAGUCACAUUCGUUGCUGAAACCGAAAGUGAACCUUUGCAAAUAAGCUGGCUUAAGGACGGUAAACAAAUUAAAGAAAGUAGCUCGAAAUAUAAGUUUACCGCAGAUGGAAAACGGUAUACCUUGCAAAUAGUAUCAUGUGACCCGAACGAUAUUGGUCAGUAUCAGGCCAAAGCUAUUGGCAAAAAAGGGGAAAGUUUAGCGGCGUUUUCACUCAACGUUGUUCCAGCUAGUCAGCUCUAAGCUCUUAAUUUAAACUUUUUAAUUUUUGCUAGCUAAUUAACGAACGACUUCUUGCUCCAUUAUGUUUUAUUUUAUUGUAAAAAUAUUUUUUAAGAAUUUUGUAUAAAAUGACCAAAAUAAAAAAAAUUGCUUGAAGCGCCAUUAGCAUCCUCAAACUCCUUUUCUCUGUAAUGGCGUUACAAGCAUGUUUUUUAAUCUUUAUAUGUAUUUUUUCGAUUCGAGUAUAGAAGCACUUUAUGGCUUUCGAUAAAGGAGCAAAUUUAACGAGAAAUUAGUUAUUUUAGUGUGAAAGUGCUUAGGGCAUAAUGUCAUAACGCCAUAAUUAUUCAGUAUUUUAUAUUCAUCUUUUACAUGCAUUAUUGCUUACGCAUAGCCGUACUGAAAAAUUGUAUCAUAAUAUGUAAAAAUAAACCUAUAAUUUUUAAUUU